AUGGCGGACGAUCUAUCGAAAAUUUCUGGAAGAAAGAUUUCUGUUCUUUAUGGAUCCCAGACUGGAACUGCUCAAGAAGUAGCUGAAAGAAUCGGGCGCGAGGCAAAGAGAAGAUAUCUUUCAGCUUCAGUUUUGGCAUUAGAUGAUUACGAUUUGGUAAGUUGGAUCAAUAACCAGUAAAUAACCACCAGAAAAACACAGUUGCAGUUAAGGUGGCUCCGUAAUUAAUACAAGAGCAUUUAGCUGUAACAAAUUUUCCGUCAUAACUUUUUCGAUUUUAACGCGAUGGCUGCGAAACUUUGCAAAGGACAACAGAUAUCAUUCGGCAAUAAUACGAAAUAUUCCGAUUUCAUUGAUGGUAAAUAUUUCUUGAGAAAUUAGCGCUUAAAAGGACGCUACUGUUCAAAGAAAAUCGCGUCUAGUAAAAAAUUUUGCUGAUAUUUUUUACUGAAAUUUCUGGUAUCGGCUUUAAUUGAUGUAAUAAAUAUGCCAGAAGAAUUUCAGAAAAAUCGUUGGAGCAGAAGUCCGUAACUAAAAGUCGCUCAAAAUUCAGCUAUGAAAUUGUUUUGGAAUUUCAAAAAUAAAUUACUAUCAGGUAGAAGGAGCCACCAGUUUGAAUUUUCGGGACAAGUAAAUUCAACGUUUGCUAAUUCUUAAAACAAAAGCCGAUUGCCUAUCGUGCUAUUCUUUAAAAGGUACUUUUUAGUUUUAGAAGCACUAUAAAUUGCUCCAAACCUUGCUCUGAAGAAGAAUUACUUGUUCUUCGACAUUUUUAAACUAUCCCUUGGCAGUUUUGGCUCAAAGUCCUGCUGCAUACAUUUUGAUGUAUUGCAAUGCAUUUUCAACGACUUUUACUGCUGUUCGUUGCUUCCAAAUCAGGAAAAAAGUAUUGAGAUUGGACGCUACCUCGUAUCAGAGCUCAGAUAGAACUGUCCAGCACCUUUGUUUAUGACUACAAAAUGAGCACGAGCGGUAGUUCUGCGAGGAAUUCGCACCUCACCUAGGGGGGACGAACGACAAUGAUGCCCAUGCCUGUGAACCGAAUAACAUCACAGUGCAAAAUAAAAUUAUCGCAAAAAUACUGCCCGUGAAUAAAUUUACAACUCUGAAAUUUUUGUCACUCCUUCCUUCAAUAAAUGGGUAUUUUUUUCUUGAUUACUAUGUAUUGCUCUGCAAUACAUGUUUAUACAGAUCGGUUCACACACAUGGGCAUCAUUGUCAUUCGUCGCCCCUGGCUGAGGUGCGAAUUCCUCGCAGAGCUGCCGCUCGUGCUCAUUUUCUGGUCAUAAACAAAGGUGCUCGUCAGUUCUGUCUGAGCUUCGAUUCAAGGUAGCUUACAAUCCCAAUACCUUUUUCCUGAAUUGGAAACAACGUACAGCAGGAAAAGCCGUUGAGGAUGCAUUGCAAUACAUCAAAAUGUAUGUAGCAAAAGUUUGAACCAAAACUGCCAAGGGAUAUUUUAAAAAUGUCGAGGAACAAGUCAUUUGAGGUCAAAGCAAAGUUUGGAGAAAUUUAUAGUGCUUCUAAAACUGAAAAGUACCUUUUAAAGAAUAGCACGAUAGGCAAUCGGCUUCUGUUUUCAGAAUUAGCAAACACUGAAUUUACUUGUCCCGGAAAUUCAAACUGGUGUCUCCUUCUUCCUGAUAGUAAUUUAUUCUUGAAAUUCCAAAACAAUUUCACAGCUAGAUUUUGAGCGACUUUUAGCUACGGACUUCUGCUCCAACGAUUUUUCUGAAAUUCCUCUGGCAUAUUUAUUAUAUCAAUUAAAGCCGAUACCAGAAAUUUCAGUAAAAAGUAUCAGCAAAAUUUUUUACUAGACGCGAUUUCCUUUGAACAGUAGGGUCCUUUUAAGCGCUAAUUUCUCAAGAAAUAUUUACCAUCAAUGAAAUCGGAAUGUUUCGUAUUAUUGCCGAAUGAUGUCUGUUGUUCUUUGCAAAGUUUCGCAGCCAUCGCGUUAAAAUCGAAAAAGUUAUGACGGAAAAUUUGUUACAGCUAAAUGCUCUUGUAUUAAUUACGGAGCCACCUUAAAUGUUUAUUCACGGUUCAGGUUUAAAAAUUCAACAAACGACUAGACCCAUGGGGAACAAUUAAGUUGCUUCCAGAGAGACUCAUAAUAUCCAGUAGCUAACAGUGAGAUUCGCGGGAAACAAAAUUGACUGGUUUUUUCGAGGGAUCAGUCAUUUAAAAUGAUCUUAAAAUUAAACCAGGACGUAACUAAUCGAUAGAAAUCGAUCAUGGAAAAUGUAAUGGAUUAAUCGAUAAUACUCGAUAGUACUCGAUAUUUGUCGUUUGAUUAGUCAAUUUAAUCGAUUGAAAUCGAUAAUCACAAAUUUUUUGUCGCAUCUAUGGAAAUCGAAAAUCUAAAACGUGAUCUGAUCUUAUCACAAUACUGCGUAACACUUACCUUCAAGCUUGCCUUCGAAUCCACUUUGUUGAUAAAGAUGAUGUUACUUCUUUCUCCAAUGGUAGCUACUUUUCUUAUUUAUUUUUGUACCAGGAUCACUGCUGUAAAUUUGUACUCUAGAAUCGUCCGAAUCGUGGUAAAUAGCCAGAGUCACUAAUGUAGAAAUUGGCAAACUGUCGUCCGUUCUCCGAGAAUCGGAGCGCGGAGAAUCUUCGUCCAUUUUCAUUUCGAUCAUUGUCGAACAAAUCGAUAAAAUCGAUAGCUACUUACAGAAAUCGAUCAAAAUCGAAAAUCACAAAGACGCGAGUGAUCGAUUUCUAUCGAUUUCCGAUAUUAAUCGAUUGAUUAGUAUCGAUUACGAUCGAUUACGUUCGAUUUCUAUCGAGUAUUGAAAAUAUCGAUUAGUUACGCCCUGAUUAAACCUAGCCUGCCUUCUGCCACAAGCCAAACGAAAUACCGUUUUGAGCUUAACAGUCAUGUGGGUGUUCGUUUUAUAGAUGUUUCAAUCAUCCUAGCACAGCAAAGACAUAAGUAGAUUUCGAAUACAAAAAUCUUUGUUAUAGCCUUCCUACGUUACAGAUUUUGCAGCCGACUCACAAGAAACACUUUUGGUGGGAAAUUGUUUUAUUGCUAGAUGUUUUGUGACCUUGAAGAAACCAGUGAGAUUGAGUACUGAAUUUGUUUUUUAAAUUUGUUUUUUCUUUUUUUCAGACAAGAUUAAUUGAUGAGGAACUUGUCAUAUUUGUCUGUGCUACGACUGGCCAGGGAGAUGAGCCAGACAAUAUGAAGGUUAUAGUGAGGUUUUCUAUACCUUUUCUUAUUGGGAAAACUUUUCUAGAUUCCUGCACCGGCCUCCAUAGAAAUAAUUAGUUAUGCAUACAUUUUCUGACUCAGACAUGAGCUGUGCUUGCUAUUUAACUUCAUGAAAUAAUAAAUAGGCUUGUUAUUCUAUUUUCUACCAAAAAAACAAAGAAGCAGGGAAUUGGAAUUUGACGGUAACCAAGUUGGUAUGUCAGUGAACUGUACAUACUUUGCCUUAAAAUGAUAGCAGGUAUUGUUCACAGCUAGUGGUAAGGCUUUCUUUUGAGAGGGGAAGUAUGAAGUUAUUUGCAUGCUGUUGCAUAAUUUUCUCUUUUCAAGUUGUUUUGAAGCUAAUGCGCUGGCCAAUUAGAAACUUGAACAUUCUCCCUCUGUACAACCCCCUCCCCCCCCCAGGCAUUUGAACUUUUUAAAACAGACAUCUUCAAUUAACCAUUACAUUAGCCCAAUGUAGUGGUCAAAUACCCCUCCCAAAGAAAUGUUUUGAGAUUGUGUGAAUGGUCUGAACUUCACAUGAUGUUGAUUGGCAAUUGCACUACAAAAAUUAAAUAAUUGUCUCUGUUGCACAUCCAUGUAUCUUUUGAGGUCCUUGCCAAACAAGCCAUUUGUUUAAAACAGUUGUUUCUUUACCUUUAAACUCCUCAAUCUCACUGUGAGAAAGAUUGCAACUAUCAAACCAUGUUAUCUGACCUGGAUCAUCCAAGGAAGUUAAACUUGACAUUUUUGGUUCAAAUUCUCUUCCCCAUUCAGGUAAUGAUCAAAUUCUCCACUCUCCUGGCACAAGUGAUGGCCAAAUACCCAGGGUUUGCCCCAGGUGUUGAUGUUGUAGUUUCUAGUUGAUCAGCGUAUUAUUAUAGCUGGUCUCCUUGGGCCAUGUUUUAUUUUUAUUUCACCUUACUCUAAGGUUCCAAACAAAACCAUUGUUUUACAGAAAUUCUGGAGAUUUAUGCUUAGAAGAAACCUCCCAUCAAAUUCUUUGUCUGGUGUUUCUUUUGCUGUGCUUGGUCUCGGAGACUCGUCUUAUCCAAAGUAAGUGAAACCAGGGCUUUCAUUGAGAGGUAGGGGAUGGGGAUUUCCCCCGGCUACCAUGAACUUGGCCCCUGGCUACUUUCAAAGGAAAAUAGGAGAAAAAUAGAACCAAAAGAUACCCCUAGCUGUUUGAUUCCCUUCCUACUUGUUGUAUUUAGUACCCAGUAAAUUGGAAUCUACGUGACAACCCUGGAAGCAAAAAAGAGUAAAUAUCAUUUAAUUCUGUUGAAAAAAAUGACUAAUGGUAUUUGUUGUUAAUUACACCGCAUUGUACCUAUAAUUUGUCAGUUCUUUAACACUGUUUUUUUUUGUGCAGGUUUAAUUUUAUUGCCAAGAAGCUGUACAAGCGUUUGGUUCAAUUAGGUGGUACUGCUCUACAGUCUCUUGGACUUGCAGAUGAUCAACAUGAGUUAGGGUAUGUCUAAGGCGAGCAAGCUACGUAACAUUCUAAUGGAAUGUAUCGUAACUUCAACAUCAUCGAAAGGAACUGACCUCAAUACUUUAUUUUUUUAACAUUUACCAUCUACUACCUUUUUGCUUCUCUUGAUUUUGACAUAUUUACAGUGUCCAUAGUUAUGCUCAUCGCCAUUCAUGCUAUAGUAUGGUUCUCUCUCCUGCUGUCAGCUCAGAGCAUAAUAUUUUAUUUGUAGGCCAGAUGCAGUUGUUGAUCCUUGGUUAAAGCAAUUGUGGGAAAAGGUUCUAAAAAUGUAUCCACUGCCACCUGGAAAGGGGAUUAUCAGUGCAAGUCAGAGGUCAGCAAGUUGCCUUAAUUAACUACAUGUAUUAGUUAAUUAUAUUAUCAAUGACGUGAAGUUGAGGUGUUAUGAUUAGAUAGAUUCUAAAUGCAAUGCAGACAUCCCCAGGGUUUGUAAGUCAGUGAUACUGUGAGGCGGGCAUGCCAAGCUCAACAUAUCUUUGUGAAAGGAUUUAUCUGACCACUGAAAAUCUGUGCCACAGAUAAUACAUGUUCUUAUCUCUCUGGUUGCCGAAAGAAGAUUUAAAAAAUUAGGAUGUUGACAAUAGGGAUUUUUUUGUGAUCUGGAUUCACUUCCUUUCCCCCUUUGGUUUCUUUGUUAUUCCUGUGGGUAAGCGAGCAUUCAAUUUAAUUAGAGUUCUUGUUGACCUAAACAAAGUUUAAAAUUUGUAUCCAUGGAAACUGUGUGCAUGUGAUAGAGUCUAUAUAUUUAUGCAGGCCUCAGUCAAGAUACAGAGUGAAGUUUGUAGAUGGAGGUGUCCAAGCAGCAAAUCACUCAAUCGCAAUUGAAGUUGACUCUAUGGAAAAACACGGUUAGUUGAUUUGCAUUUUUAUUUGUCAUAAAAGGAAGUGGGUUUGCAGUACAAAAAAAAAGAUUAAAAAAUUCAGUUAGACCUGUCCAAUAAAUUGCUGUAGCACAAGAUACACUUUCACCUGGAAGUGUCCUUUGUCCAUAUUAAUCAGUGUCAUUUUAGCAGGCUGAUUUAAGGGCCUUUCAUUAUUGAAAUUGGGGAAACGUUUGGUUUUUAAACAGCUGUUCUUAUUAAGCAGGUGUUUGUAAAACAGGGUUUUACUGUACAUUUCUCAAUUUUUAUUUUUAUAUUAUGACAGUUGAACCCAAUCCCAUUCCAUGUAGAAGACAUCCGUUCUGUUCAAGACUUAUAUCAAACAAUCGUGUGACUGCAGUGGAUCACUGGCAAGAUGUCAGACUGGUGCAGUUUGAUAUAAAGGGCUCUGGAAUGAGGUACAAUACACUUUGCAACCCCAAUAAAAUUGUUGACACAAGCCGUUUUAGUAUCCCUGAGAGAAAGGACAAUAAAUGAGAGGUCCUCAAUCGCUAUUCAGACACAAGAAGGAUAACGCUCGCAUACAUUGCACAGCUUUCUGGAUGAGCAUUACUAUAAUGAAUGCAAUACUGUGGGUGAAUAAAGCUCGACUGAUUGAUUGGUAAAUCAAUGUGAAUUGUGCAAAAUACCCUGGUUUAGCAAUGCAAGAAGGAAGUUAUAUCUAAAUGCAGGGUUUUGUGUUCUAGUCAUUCCGCAGGAGAUGUUCUGAUGGUGCAGCCUAGUAAUCUAGCCGAUGUUGUAGAGGAAUUUAUCACCUUUUUCGAACUUGAUCCAAACCGGACAUUCCUUCUUGAGCAGAAUGAUCCAGGUAUUUUUUGGGCGAACAAAGGUAUUGCUCUCAUUCAUAAUACUGUCAUUGAUUUGUUUAUUCUUUGAAUGUCAUCAUCAUCUGUGACUGAGUCUUCUUCGUCAUUGUCAUUAUUACGCCUAUCACCUCAUCAUCAUCAUCAUCAUCAUCAUUAUCAUCACCACCACCACCACCACCAUCACCACCACCACCAUCACCAUUGCCAUGAACAUGGAAGGCGUUAGUAUGAUUCACAUACUAACUUUACAGAAAAAUCAUUGAUCUUUGUUGUAGUUCUCAGUCCACAAUAAUUGUGCUCUGAUACCAAGUGUUCCCACAUUCGUGCAUAUGGUGAAAGGCUCCCGGCUUCAUUUGUACUAGAAUUGUUUCACUGCGUUUUGACCCUCAAAAAUGAUGAUUACUCGAAAAUAGCGACCUCUACGGCUUGCUACGAUAAUAAGAGUCAUUUGAAAAUUUAUGGUAGACUGGUACUGCCAAGAGUUUACCCUGUUUGCUGAAAGUGACUGUGACUGUUUUUCAAUAGAUAUCCCUCUGCCAGAUCAGCUUCCUCAACCGUGUACCAUCAGGCAUCUCGUGGAGCAUUAUUUAGACAUACAAGGCGUUCCAAGGAGAUACUUCUUUGAACUGCUUUCACAUUUUACCACCUCAGAACUUGAAAAGGAAAAGCUACAAGAGUUUUGCUCAGCUGAGGGGCAGGUAUUAGGAUUGUUUUAAGUGAUCGUGCAGUAAAAAUUCAAGAAUUGUUCUGUUUAUUUUUAUAACGGCAAUUUUUACUUUUAUUUCCAGGAGGAGCUUUAUUCAUAUUGUUAUAGGCCGAAAAGGACUGCGUUAGAGGUAGGCUGGUUUUAUACACUGCCUUAUUAAUAAUCCGGCUUUUCCUUCACCAUUUUGCAGUGCUAAAAAAGCCUGUGUACAGACGUCCCCUCUCCCUCAGAAAAAAACGUCUGUACACAGGCUAUGUUAAAACGAUGUGAGGCGGUUGUUUGCGUGUUGGUAGCCUGCGAGCAGGGUCACUUUUGCAAGUUCAGGAAAAGGAGAGGAGAGGAGAAUGGGCCGCUUGAUGUUGGCUCCGCCCCCAAAAUAAUUUUCCCUGAAUUCGGGCAAGUCACUUGUCACUGGCUCAGUGAGCCUGCUCGCAGGCUAGCGUAUUAGGGGAUAUACUUGAACGCUUUUUGUUCCACUUCUAUCCGUGGUUUUGUGUUGUCUCACUCCACAAGAAAAUUUCCGUAAUGUGUCUCUUGUUCCGAGGUAUAUUAUGAGUACUAGUAUCAUAACGCUCGGGGUAUCUUGUUGUUUCUCGUUGUUUCUCUCCGGCCAGGUGUAUCAAUGCUGAGGAUAAUUCUGCGAUGGGUUAGCAUCCUGUCCAUGUUGUCUAAUGGGAAUGUAAUGAUAUUGCUUCCUCACCUACCGUGUGGCACGAAAUUUUUGCGGGUUCUAAUUUUUGCGAUUUUUGCGGCGAUCUGCAAAAAUAAGUUCCCGAAAAUAAAAAUUGCCGUAAACAUUUUUCCCGCAAAAAUUUACCUUGGAGUAAAUAUUCUCUAAGUUAAAUUCGCUACACAAAAAAUUACAGUACUAAGAAAUAGUGUCUGUUCAAGUACAACUUGUUUCUUUCCUUCAGAAUCAAAACGUUGUACAAUGAAAUACUGGUUUUAUAUACAUGUAUAUAGGGUACCGACACCGUAGUAUUGUUUGAAAAUAUGUAUUUUUGUUGCACGUACUUGAUAAAAACGAAAAUAUUAUCAAUUCUGGUUUCCCAGCAAGAAAAACCAAUCUGUCAAAUUAGUUCCCGCAAAACACAAAAAAUCGCUAAUCUCGCAAAAAAAACUCCCGCAAAAAUUUUGUGCCACACGGUAUGUACCCUGUGACUGUUGUGCUUGGUUACCUUCAACAGCAGGAUAAUAAUUUCAUACGGGUUUUACGUUAAAUUAAUACUUUUACUAGAUGGCCCUAAAAGUGCGAGGAUUCGGGCAAAGUAUGGAAGUCUGUAGAGUAGUAACAAGAGCCAUUAUGGCUCUUGGUAAUAAAUGUGUGUGGAUUUGUUACAUCUGGUGAGUUCGUAGCGAAAGGACUAGAGACUAGAGUGGAUCAGUCUUCCAGGUCUGCCCCUUAGAGCGAAGCGUACACUUCUUUCUAAUACUAAAUAACUGUAGUCUCUAUAGGAUUGUGCAUAGGGAUCUGUCAUAAGAAAUUCUCGUUUUCUUUUUUGUGAAUAGGUUCUUCAAGAUUUUCCAGGUGCAAGCGCAAACAUUCCGUUGGAGUAUCUGUUUGAUCUCAUUCCACCGAUUCAGCCGCGAGCUUUCUCAAUUGCCUCCUCGCUCAUGGUAAGUGUAACAAAGGUCCACAUUCACGGUCGAAAAAUUGUUCUAUUAAAUGUAAGACUCUUAGUUGCAUUUGGCGGUUUAGUAAUAGAGAUAUCCUAACUCUAAGUACAAAAUGAAAGCGAGAAAAUUUAAAGCCUGGCUUAGUUAUCAGACAUUUCUACCACAAAUGCACCAAGGGGAAAGUGUCGAAGGAGACUGUGUUUCGGCGUAAGUGAGUUCGUAACUGGAAUGUUUUUUGCCGUUUUUUUAAUCUUUAUUAAUUAAAGAUUGAUGGUAAUUUUGCGCCACAGAAAGAAAAUGCUCAUGAAAGAAACAGUUGGAUGAUCGAACUGACUUGGAUGAAACUUAGAGAUGUUAAAAAAUUUGACGAGCCCGCAUUAUGUCGGUGGAAAUGUCUGACCCUUUAGUAGGAGCUCAGCACACUCGAGUAAAACGUCUUUUAAUUGGUUCAGACUUUCUGACAAUAAAACUAACAGAAAAGGACGCUGGAAACGCUUUGUCGUUUUCUACUUUUCAUUCUGUGUGUUUUUUACCCUGUAUUAAGGAUCGUACGGAAGUUAAUGCUAUCCUUUUUCUUUGACAGGCACAUCCGGAUGAAGUGCAGCUUCUUGUGGCUGUAGUUAACUAUAAAACUAAACUAGUUAAACCAAGAAGAGGCCUUUGUUCAACGUGGUUAGCUUCUCUAGAUUGUUCCAACAAGGACUUACGCGUUCCUGUGUGGAUCAAGAAAGGCACAAUAUCAUUCCCUAAGGCCUUAGAUGCACCUUGUCUUAUGAUUGGUCCAGGUACUUGCAAUAUCACACUGUGAAUAUAAACGCUCUCUUAACUUUUGCGCUGUUUUUUUUUCACUGUUGCUUUGGCAUCUCACUUACGUCUUUAAACGUCCAUGCAAAUGAAUUAGUAUUUUCUAUAGCCAGUUAUAUAGGCGUUUCAGGCAUACUUCUGACAGGAAAAAAAGUGAGAAAAGUUCAAUGACAAGGACAUCAUACACAACACCUCUACCAAUUCUCUGUAAGGAAACAUCUGUCUGAUAUUUUUAGCCUCUGACACCGGACGUUUUUAAGGCGGGAAGGGUGGGCCGGGGGGGGGGGUCACUGGUGUAAGAAACCAUAUCCAAGCCUACCGACCUGUAAUUAAAAGUGAAUUACUGCGUUGUGUUCGAUGGAUAGUGCAUUAUUUAGACAGUGGCGGCUAAAAGAAGCAUUUUAAGGUUUUCAUGACACAAUAUGGUUUGCUAUAUGGAAAUUUAGGGUAGAAUUUGAGAAUUCAUUCAAGAAUUUUGACACCGACAAUUCUUACAUUGUUUUUAAUGCUUUGUUUUUUGGUUUCGUUUAGGAACUGGCUGUGCGCCAUUUAGGGGUUUCAUUGAAGAAAGAGUAUCACAAUCUGCCGGGGGUAAGAUGUUAUUUGAUAAGUAUGGAACUUGAUUGUUAAAUUCUAAUAACGAUUAUCGAACGAUAUGAUCGUUCCCUAAUUUUUUCAGGAUGUGUGCUGUUCUUUGGCUGUAGAAAUAGCAAAAAAGACUUCUUUUUCAAAGACGAAUGGCAGCCACUUGUUAAAGAUGGAAAAUUACAGUUGUUCACGGCUUUCUCAAGAGAUCAGGUGAGAAAAAACGAAAACAAAUCAGUCAGUCCAAUCACCUCUGUCGCAUCAUCGUAAUGUGUAAGGGUUCGUUGUUGCUAAGCCUUGACAGUGAAAACGGAGUACAUAUAAGUUACCAUAAAGUGGAAAUUCUGAGUGGUUCUGCGUUGGAAUUGUGCUUCAUGUAAGCCCUACUUUUGUAAUAUCUUUUGAUCUUUGUACGCGUGUAGCGCCUUGGUAGCGUCUAGCCUGUGCGCCUCCUCCCCAUUCCCCGCACGGCUUCACAGCUUCCCUGCUACAAGUUUGCUCGCGCUGCCGAUCCCGCCACCUAGGUAGGUUAAGCAACGCCCUUUUCCUGCUCUGAACUGAAUUUUUUGGUUUAAGUUUUGCUGUGCGUUUUUUCUUAAACGAACCAAGACAACAUUAUGUUAUCUUCCGAUGUACGUUCUCUUCAUGUGCAGCUUGUUCUAUGUUUGACGCUUAACAGGAAGACAAGAUUUAUGUUCAGCAUCGGUUACUAGAGAACAGCUCUCUUGUCUGGGAUCUCCUAGCUCACAAACAAGGAUGGUGUUACAUAGCAGGGUAUGUAAAGUACUUUGUCAAUAGUAGGACUUGAACCUUUCUGUAGACUACAAAACUGCUCCCAUGUAAGGGAAUCCGGAUUUCGGACUCUGGGAAAAUUUUCCUUUUGGAAUCCGAAAUCCCACUAACUAUUGAAUCCAGAAUUCAAGUUCUACUGACAAAGACUGGAAUCCAGUACCUGGAAUCCGGAAUCCACGGUAUGGAAUCCAGAAUCCAAGGCUGUCUUGGAUUUCUUCUCCAUGGGGCGAACAGAAAAGUUAUCCUUCGCCAGGAAUAAGAUUGGAUCUUAGUAGAGGGUACAAUAACCUUGUUAGUCGUGUUGUCAUUAACAAGGUUUUUGAUUAUUUUUUCUUCAUUCUUUAUUUGCAGAAACUCGCAGCGGAUGCCUGCAGAUGUUACAGAAGCUCUUCUUGAAAUAUUCAGGAAAGAAGGAGCAAUGGAUGCAACAACAGCCGAAGAAUUUCUCAAAACUUUAGAAAGAACAAGACAUUUUCAAAGCGAGACAUGGGCGUAG